AUGUCAGAGGGUACCAGCACUCAGCCCACAAUCUCUGGUAAGUCAACCAACGUACAAUCCGCCGAACCGCUACCUCAGGGAUGGGCGUUAAAACAAUCAAAGAAAAACACGCGCUUUAAUGACAAUCAAAAAGCAUAUCUUGAUGAAAGGUUUAAGAUCGGUCAAACAACUGGAAUAAAAGCCGAUCCAUUGCAAGUCUCCCGUGAUUUCCGCCAUGCAAGAACCGAGAAUGGAGAGCGCCGUUUUACCAUAAAUGAGUACUUGAGCCCACAACAGAUACGGUCGUACUUUUCAAGGACUGCAAAAAAGAACAAAUAA